UAUUCUUGUGCCCAGUGGAGCCUAAGAACAACAUCCAUUGAAUCUUCCAACUCCAACUCUCUUUGACAAUCACAACGCGUCGCAAACCCGCCACUCCAGAACUUGAGCGCAACAAAGACAAUCUGAGCUUUGCGACUACACACCACCGACUCGAACCCCCUUUGCCCUUUAUUUUAUCGAUAGCGCAGCCUCGAAAACAUCCCAUACCUUUUUGCCGCCUAAAUCCAAGAACGAACGCUUCCCCACCUCAAACAUGUCUGUCGCGGUCGUGCUCGGGACCCCUCUGGCGGAUGCUUUGAAUGCUGCAAUUCAACCCAAGUUGGUAGAGGUAGGAUGGAGCACAGGUGGGGCAGACGAUUCAGCGCUUGCGGAAUACAUCAUUCUUAUGCUGGUCAACGGCAAAACUCAAGAUGCAAUCGCAGCAGAACUCGCAGGCGACCUUCUCAACCUCGGACCGGAUGACCCUGGAGCAAGAGACUUUGCUACAUGGUUGUUUCAUCAAGUAGAGUUGCUGAACAGACAGCUGGGUGGAGGAAAUGGAGGAUUCGGGAUGGAUGCAAGCAUGGCACAAGCAGAAGGAAUGAACGAACAAGACGCCGAGAUGGGUGACGCUUCAGAAUCCGGACAAGGCAAUGUGUACGCAAUCUCUUCGGUGGAUCUUUCACCAGAUUUCAGCCCUCCCCCAAGACCACCACAAAUACUAACAUACCGUAGACCUACGGGUCCAAAGUCCAUGAGAGAUGGCCGCCCUAGAGACAAACGCAUGCUUGGUCACCUUGCAAGACAGAUGGACAGAAGCAACAACGACAAUGUUCUACAUAAAGUGCGAACUCACGGCGGCAACGAGCGCAUUAAUUCUCACUCACGUGGACCACCUACUGGACCGCGCCAAUCGAUGUCGAAUCGUGGGGGAGCGCGGAUGCCAAACGGACCACGAAAUGGCAGUAUGGGAGGACCACCAAUGCAAAGUCAGGUUGCGAUGAACAUGAUGCAAAUGAGCCCUCAAAAUCAGAUGCAGAUGCUCCACAAUUUGGAGCAACAAAUGAAGGGAAUGGCACAAAUGAUGGGUUUGGCUGGACAACAAAUGCCCAUGGGGAACGGAAUGGGUUUUGGUCAGCAGCAACAGCAACCAAGAAAAUCGCUGUUUGAGCGCGUUCAGCCCAAUCCACGGGGGCAGAGUAACGGAUUUCGAAGAGGUUCACAAAACCAGAGACACGGGGAACACCGUCAAAUUCAAUCGCAAACAUCCGAGACACCUUCCUCCAUGGACGUCGAGAUGUCGCAAGAAAAGCGUGAACCGCCCUCGGCAAAUGAUACAUGUAAAUUUAAUCUUUCUUGCACCAACAAGGAUUGCAAAUUUGCGCAUCAAUCACCAGCAGCUCCUCCUGGAGCAGCCAUUGACGUGAGCGAUGAAUGUACUUUUGGCGCAGCUUGCAAGAACAGAAAAUGCACAGGUCGACACCCAUCCCCGGCUCAGAAACUGGCACACCAAACCUCGAUGGACUGCAAAUUCUACCCAAACUGCACCAACGAACGAUGCCCAUUCCGACAUCCAACAACGCCACUUUGUCGAAAUGGCGCCGAUUGCACAACCCCCGAUUGCAAAUUCAUUCAUAGCAAAGUCAUGUGCAAGUUCAAUCCAUGCUUGAAUCCCACAUGCACAUUUAAGCAUGUCGAUGGCCAGAAGAGAGGAAAAUUCGAGGACAAGGUCUGGGUUGCAGGUGAAGGCAAGCAACAUGUGAGCGAGAGAAAGUUUAUAGAUGAGAGCAAUGAGGAUGAAGAACUCAUCAAGCCGGAGGAACCAGCAUCAGCCCCGGUUGGAUUGGUUACAUAGAGGAACGACGUCUUUGUGUGUUGGGUUUUUCUGGGAAAUAGGGUAGGAUCUGUAUGAUAUGGCGAAGAAUUUUGCAUGGAGUUUCGGCAGGGCAUUCAGGGAAAGUGAGGUAAUUACGAAAAGCGUCGAGAUGGGAGGAGGAUGCCUAUGUGGGCUUAGAAUGAACUUUUAUACUCCCAAGCGCCUCGGAGCAUAGAACUCUGGGGUAGCUGUACAGCGAAAACUGUUGUCCUAUGCAUUUGUGAGCAUGUGAGGUUCGAUCCAAUGUUUUAUAUGUUUUAGGAUAGUCUAGCUGUAUUAGCAUCGUUCCUUG